AUGAGCUCUCUGGGAGGGGAGACCUCGUCGGGCGACGCCUCCUCUCCGCCCCCGCAGGACGACGGCAUGAUGUGGUGGUACCGUUGGCUGUGCCGGUUGGCAGGGGUCAUGGGGGGCAUCUCUUGUGCAAUUUCUGGCCUCUUCAACUGUAUCACCAUUCACCCACUCAACAUUGCAGCCGGUGUGUGGAUGAUGUUAAAUGCCUUCAUUCUUUUUUUGUGUGAAGCACCUUUCUGCUGCCAGUUCAUUGAGUUUGCAAAUACAAUUGCUGACAAGGCUGACCGGUUGAGGCCUUGGCAUAAGGCCAUCUUCUACUGUCUGAUGGCAGUUUUCCCCAUUGUCAUCAGCCUGACCCUGACUACCCUCCUGGGAAAUGCCAUUGCCUUCUCCACUGGUGUGCUUUAUGGACUUUCUGCACUUGGCAAAAAGGGUGAUGCAAUUUCCUAUGCAAGGAUCCAGCAGCAGAAGCAGCAGGCAGAUGAGGAAAAACUGACAGGAACCCUUGAAGGGGAGCUGUGA